AUGGCUUCAGCGCACCUCAGCCAGGACGAGUUCUUCGACAAGCUCGGCCAUCUGUUCAACCACAGAAAAGGCAGCGACCAUGGCGCCAUAUACCUAACCCAGAAACGCCUCACAUACGACCCCUCCGAAAAGUCCACAAUGGCAAAGCUCUUCCCCGACCUCCUCCCCAACAAGCCCCUCCCCAUCAUCGUCCGCGCCACAAACGGCAAGUCCAAGCGCGACCGCUCCGACAAGGACAAGCUCUCCACCGUCGUCGAACCGCACGAGCUCGAGGCCUUUUACGCGCGCUACGCCGACGUCUGCAAGGCGGGGAUGGGGGCGCUCAAGCCUAGGGACAAGAAGAAGUCGAAGGCCAAGGCGAAGAAGAAGAAGGCUACUGCGUAG